GCUGUAUUGAAGUUUUAUAAAAUGUCUGUAAAUGGAUUAAUUGUUGAAAGCAACAAGACAGCGAAGUUCGAGGACUAUUAUGAACUAAGCAAAAGCUUAGGAAGGAAGCCUCUGCAAUCACAGUAUGCUGUUGGUCCUUUCAUACAUUUGAAAUCUUUUUUUAAUGAUAAUUAAAAAUUUCACAGAGGUAGUGGUUCAUAUGUUGCCGUUUGCAUUGAACGUGGCACAAACACUUGCUAUGCCUCGAAAGUGAUGCAGAAAAAGAUGACUUCCGCUGAAAAGAAGAACAGUAUUGGACACCUUUUAAAAGUUGACCACAAAAAUCUAGUGAGAUUAAAAGAAGUUUUUGAAACUCCACUUUCAUUGUAUUUGAUCACUGAACUGGCUUAUGGAGGGGAACUUUUCCAAAGAUUAACUAAAUUUCCUGUGUACAAUGAAAAAAUCAUCGUUAAUUAUUUUAGACAGAUAGUAAAUGGCAUCAGGUAUUUACAUGAAUAUGGAAUUAUUCACAGAAAUUUAAAACCUGAAAAUAUAUUGCUCAGUUCACGAGAAAAUGAUGCCAUUGUGAAAAUUACUGAUUACUCACCUCAGUUAUUUACAACUGAAGAUUUGGAUAUAGAAUUGGUAUGCUUUAUGACAACAUUCUGUGCACCUGAAUUAUUAUUGAGUAGACGAUAUGAUAAACCAAUCGAUUUAUGGGCCCUGGGUAUACUACUUUAUAUUAUGCUAUCUGGAAAUGAUCCUUAUCAAUCAAAAACCGGCAGUGAUUUAUAUUGUGCUAUACUUCACUGUGAUGUUGAUUAUAAAUCUGACCCAUGGCAAAUGAUCAGUCUGAAUGCCCAAGAUGCUGUCAAAAAACUUUUAGUGGUUGAUCCACAAAUGAGAAUAAUAACACCGCAUCUUCUGAAUCAUUCAUGGCUUAGUGGAAUUGAUGAACAUGAACAACACUUGGAUUCAGUACAAAAAAAUUUAGAACUGUUUAACAAACAACGUUCAGAAACGUUGAAUUGCUUGAACACUGAACAAGAACAAGCUGAUUGGAUCACCUGUGAAUAUUCAAAACUGCCAAGAAGAAGUACAAUAUCAAUUGAAAUGAAAGAAGAAAACGUAGAUAUUAAAGCAGAUAAGGCUCAUGAAAGUGGUGAAUUAACGGAGGAUGGUGAGAGAAACGAUAAACCAUUGGAAGUGGAUAAUAGCAAUAUCAAUGUAGAAGAACAAGAUGAUGAAGAUAUUAACCAAAGUGAAGUGUCGGAAAAUGUGCUGGAUGCUGGCGAACCAUUGGAUAUGAAUGAUUUCAGUGUUGAUGUAAACGAACAGGAAGAUAAUCAGGUGGAUAGUGAAGAUAAUGAUCGUGAUGAAUUACUUGAUGAGAAUAUGACGAAAAAUGAAGAUGAUAUGGAAGAUACAUUAGAACUGGAAAAUGUAGAAGCAUAGCUCUAUAAAAAGCUUUCAACGUUCGUUAAUUCAGUGAAGUCAGUUUGAUGUUCGUAAGAGAGGCUGUAAAAGUAAUAAACUUUAAAAUUGUUUAUUGCUGUGUUCAGUUAAGUUACUACUUUGUCUAAUGUACUCAAGUUUGAAAAAAAGUUGGUUUUUGUUUUAAUCCUUUUCAAGGUCAUAUGUAACACAUCGG